CCGACCCCAAACUCGGGUCGGAGGCGGUGUGAGCCGUCGGGUCCGUUCCGACCCCAAACUCGGGUCGGAGGCGGUAUGAGCCGUUGGGUCCAGCUUUCUGUAACAAACCCCUUUAAAAUGCCCGCCUGCCUUCCACCGCACGCAGUUAGAAAUGGCUUCACUUCAUCUAUUCUCCUUCCUCUUCGUAGCUCUUCGCCUUUGUCCCCAGGCCAGCGAACUGGUCGUGGGGCUCUUCUCUUUUGUCCCCAAGUCAGUGAACUGAUCGUCGGGCGAUUCGAAGCCUGAAUAUCUUUCGCCUAAGUCAUUGUAAGGAUGUUCCUGCGAGAGGCCAUCAGGGCCAGGGUGGCAUCGUUCCUGCGGCCAUUGACAGAAGAAGAACCAAGGUUUGAACUCGAAUUAGGGCUCCUGCGUUCCCGUGCCACCGCUCGGGACCUCUUUCUCAAGCCUUCGUCGCUGAACUCCCUUCUUGAUGAACCCUCUGCUUUGUGUUUCGAAUCGAUAAGGAUCGGUGAAGUUGUCGUCUAUUUCUCGCUGUGGUCGUCUCCUCUUCUCAAAAUCGAGGCCCGCGGGAUUCGUUUUGAUUUGAAGUUCAGGGGCAGCGAUCGGAUACGGAGAUCGGGUAGCUUGUCGGAGGAGACGAAGAAGGAAAAGAUUGAACGGCUUGAUCCGGAGGGAAUUUCAUUGCAUAAUGCCCUUGAGAAUAUCUUGAAAGCAAGGAUACCUGGAAGCAGCAUUAUGGAUUCGCUGACCGCUGUAAUUCUUGGGAAUUGCCAAGUAUGGCUUAAGGAUAUAGAUUUCCAGAUGCAGAUUCCCUUUUAUUAUGGAGGAUCUGCACAGAUUGGUUCUUCAAAUAAACUCUAUUUGCUUUACGUAAAUCUUGGUGAAUUCAAUGCAAAUGAGCAGGUUGCUGGGUGUUAUGAGCUCUUGAAAGGCAUUUUUGAAGUGAUUAUCAUGGGUAGAGAUGUGGCACAUUUGGUUUUCAGCUUCAAAGAUUUGAAUGUGAAGUUGAAACAAAGUGAUGAAAAUUGUCCAACUAGUAGUAUUUUGUUCAUGAGGAGUCUGUUGCUAUCCGUUAGGAUGAAAAAGCUGCAGCCUUUAGAGUUUGAAAUAGAUGUCCCGGAAGUAGAUAUGGAGCUUUCACAUAGAGACCUUUUUGUCAUUGUUCUUCUUCAUGCAAUGUUAAAUACCGAGAACAGCAUGAUCACAUCCUCAGAUUAUAAUUUGCUUCUAGUUGAAGAAGUUAAGGGUACUAGAAGUGGUAAGAUGUUGUGGAGGGAGGCUGCUUGCCAAAUGCAUAAUCUGCUUCCAAGUUUCCGCCUUUGGCGAUUGGUCAAUUUAGUUUUAGUAUGGUGUCAAUAUGUAAAAGUUUAUGAGUCAUUGCUUAAGCAAGUAGGAUAUCCUUCUGUGGACCUUUUCUCUACAGUUAGAUCAAGAUUAUCCAAGGAUGCAAGGUUUUCUAAUCACAUCAAGCAUUUGUGGAAGGAAGCAACUGAAACAGAAAAUGGAUUGCCGGCAGAAGGUGUUGCACUUGCAAGGCGUGUUGCACGUCAUAGAUUAACUGUUUCUUCUCAUGUUGCUUCAGAGUUGUCAGAUGAUGAGCGGACUUCUUUUCCAUCAUUUGCUUUGAUAUUUUUUCCAGCCUUACUGAAAGGAAUUGGCUUGAUGGUUCACUUCUUUAUCAGCAUGUUGCAUAAAGUGAUUCAUGCUUUUUACUGCCUUUAUAGACUUGUGUGGAGGGGUAUCUUGCAGUGGAAUACAGAAAAUGAAGAGCAGGACUUGUUACCAGAGGAUUCUAUCCACGCCAUUAACAAGCCUGGAUUGGUUGAGGGUAACCAAUAUAUUCUUUUCACCAUUUCCAAAUUUGUGGUUAAUAUAAUACCAGGAGAUUUGCCACAUGUCAAUGACGGUGAAAGCUUGGCAAAGCCUUUUCCAAUGGAUUUAUUAGCAUUGUGUGUAGUGUUUAAUCAAUUAUACCUAGAUUUUGCAGCAGAUGACAAUAUGCACCAGUUAACAUUUGCUUGUGGGGAACUUGUAUCCCAUUCUUAUUCUUUAUCAAGAGUACAUGGGGGGUUGGGUGCUCCAACUGAAAAAGUUGACCGUGUUAAGAGAUAUGGAACAGAGGAGCAUAGCCCAAAGACAAUUUUGUCAAGUUCCCCUGCUGUGCAAAUUUCUCUUGUGGAAUUGGAUUCUCAGGGCUCUUUUAGUUCUGAUUUCAAUGGAUUUCUGAGAGGCCAUAUCAAUGAGAUGUACUUGGAAUGGCAGAGCAGCUAUGGUUUCUCGAAGUUAAAGGAUGUUUCCACUUUGGCAAAGCCAUUCUUCCUUUGUAGGUUAAAAAACUAUAUUAUCAAUCCAUGCUGUAGUGGUCCGAACUUUGGUCUUUUGAAACUGGGAUUAUCAAUGGGUAAAUUAACCUGUAAGUUGAAUAUUUCACUCUUUAUGGGGAUUUAUUUCCAGAUCAUACAGGUAGCUGAACAUGCUUUUUAUACUGGAAAGGCUUCAAGCUGUGGUGCUAUCUCAAACUCAAAGACUUUUCACAACAGAGAGCUGCAAACUGAUGUUGAUUCUGUCCAGGAUUUUUAUGCUGAUAAAGUGAAGAUGAAAAUAUCUAGGAUUGUCUUCCUUAAACAAGUAGUCAUAGGGGCAGCUAUAGUUGGUCCUAGGAUACAAGUAUCACUUCCAGCUGGAGACUCCCCCAUCUCUGGAAAACAUGGGUUCAUACAUGGCACCCCUAGAGACCUUGAAUGCGUCACUAUUGCACUUGAUUUAAAAGACAUUUAUUCUGCUGUUUGGUCAGUAUCAGAUUCUGUUUCAACAGCGCCAGAAAAAGAAGACAAUGGGAGUGGAACGUGUCCAUACAAGUGGUUGAAAAAACCCCCAGUAGUGCAUAUUCCUGAAGCAGAUACAGAUGAAAGUUUUAUUGUUCAAGGGCAGCUUGGGCAUAAUCUUUUUUUGAAGUUGGAAGGCCUAUCCUUAUUGCUGGAGUCCAUUAUGGACAAUCAGCAACAGAACAUCCUGAAGCCUGUUUCACUGACCCUGGAAUCUUCAUACUGCAGGAAAUACCUUCAUUCUCUAGCAACAGUUGUAACUGUUCUGUCAAUGACUCUUGUUGGCAGGGCAACUGAUCUAACAAUUUCCUUAUGCAUGGAUGAGUUAGAAGAAGUGUUUCAGGUACUUGGAAGCAGUCUUAAUGCUGUUUCUCAUAUUUCUUCUGCACAUACUUUUUCCCAUAGAGAUGAUCUUCCUCAUGGUAUUACAACUUCUCAGGGCAUGUGGGCCACACAGUCUAAAUGUGCUGCAGUCGAUUCUCAACAAUGUUUUGAUUCCUUUAUCAUUGAUGGCACACAAUUUGUUAUGGACAUAAACCUUGAGUUUCGGCCACUUGAUAUCAUUCUAAACAACUACAGGAAUCUUGUUGGGCACACCUCAGUUGCUGCAUCAGCGACUGGACCAAGUAAAAAGAUGCUAGCUUUUCCAAAUACAGGAGCUGAAUUCUGCAUUAAGAAGUCUAGCUUAAACUUUUUCUGGGAGGAACGGGUUUCAGUCAGUUUUCUUCUUGAACUAGCUGGAAUUCGUUCUCUCAUAUUUGGCAGUAAGUCUGAAAGUCCAGGUGAAGUGCUAAUGCAAAAUGAACCUUCUGAUGAUUCUGAUGUGUUGUGUGAAUUAAGCCUCCCUAGCUGCAGUUUUUCUUUACAAUCAGGAGUAAAUGGCCAUGCUGUACCCUCUGGACAGGAUGCUGACGGAAAUGUUGUCUCCUCAAGAAGGUUGAGUUGCAAUGACUUAGAUACUCUGCAGAACCCUCAUUUCCUAUAUUCAGACAACCACCACCCAAUAGAUGGAUCUUAUGGUUCUAACUUGAAUCCAGAUUCUUCUUCGAAGUUUAGUUGGUUGUCUUCUUCCACGUCUUGGCUUUUAAUUCAUGUUCAACUUAGCAAGAUUUUGAUAGUGGAGAAUUCUGCGAAGAUUGUAGAUAUGGUUAAAGAUGGGCGUCAUUUUGACAUGAAUAACAUUGAAGCUGUAGUUGCUGUUAGUAAAGAGUGUCGUGCAAUUAGUUCAGAAAUCCAGGGUGGCCUUUUCCUUCUUGAAACCAAGUCUUUGGUUGUUUAUGCUUCGAGCUUACAGGCAUACACGACGUUCUUUUCAAGACUUUUAUCUUAUUUUCCAUUUUCAUCAGAAGUCUCAGAUCCAAAGUCCUCUCCAAGAAUGAAAACUUCCAAGUAUCUGAACCCAGGUGUAAGCAUGGAACUGCAGCUUAACAGGGAGGGCACAGACUAUGAUUCUUCUCGUGCACCAUCAUCAGAUAGGCUUACUACCUUGUUAGAAGUUGGAUGGAAAUCUCUGAAGGUUUUAACUGUACGGCUAUCACAGGUUUCCAUAAAAUUUAUCUUAAUGGAUGCGUGUGUGGGAAUUCGUGAGCUUGAUAUAGAAACCAACUUCUUGUUUAAAUAUGAAAAGAACUCUAGAAGGAACUUCUUCUUUGACCUUUCUAGGUUUGCCAUUCUUGGCCUGCAUUGGGGUAGAACCAACAACUGUAAGGAACUGGGAGUUCAAGCUCCUCGAUUUCGCUCCAGCAUCUUGAGUAAUGCUGAAACUACUGUUGGUUCAGGACAACCUCCUCAUGUUUUUCAAGUCCCUGGAACCAACUCUUCUGGCAGUCAAGCUCCUGGGAAGAAAUUGUUGGAUAAUGGUGAAGGUUUUGGCUUUUACAGUUUAAUCUGUCAAAAUUUAAUCUUGAAAUGUGUGACUGCUUCUGUUAUGAUCGACAAAGAAUUGCCUGGGACUAUGAGUGGUUCUGCAACACCAAAGGAUGGGUGGGGUGGUAGUGUUUCAGUUUCUGGUGUUGAUUUGAAGAUGGCAAUUCCUGAAAUUCAGAUGCUUCUGUCUCUGAUUGAGGACCUAUGCAAUGUUUCUUCAUACGAUUCAAGUGAAAUCUCCAAGGAAGAGGUUAAGGUCAUAACUCAGGGUGGAAGUGGUAGUCUAGAAGAUACAAUUUCCAAUGGAGUAGUUGUUGCAGUCAAAGACCUUGACCAGCACGUGUACUUAGCAGUUGAACUUGUAGAGAAUAAUCAUCAUUUAGUUGGAGCAGCCCACUAUUCUCUUGUUGGGGAAAGGGCUCUUUUUAGGGUACAGUGUUGCAGUCAGAGGAAGGGUUUCUCAUCAGUUUCCUGCUUUUCCUUGAUAUCCCUGUAUGCAAAGAAUGACAAGGGGGAGCCCUUGCGUGUGAAUUUCAAACAAAGAUCCAACCUUGUUGAUAUAUCUGGUACUGAUGAUAAGGGUGGGGCACUUUGGCAAGCUAUUCCAUAUAGGCCUGCCAGUUAUGAGGGAAAUGAUGAACUUGAAACAUACAACCAUUUUAUGGAGAAAGCUUUCUUCCUUUUGAACUGCAAGAGCGACUUGGGUGUGGCUUUUGUGGAUCGGCUUCCGGUGUUUGUAAAGAAGCCUGGUAGCCUUUUUAAAAUGAAAAUUCUUUCUACUUCUCCUAGGGUUGGGGGCAUCAAUUUAAAUGAGGCUUCUAGCAGCAACUUGGGUAAUACAUCUGACACGAAUAUUCAGAGGAAUGUUUCACAGGAUAUCAAUGCUCGUCAUGUGAAUAUCUUGAUUGAGAGGGUUUGUCUGACCAUUCUUCAUGAAGUUUCAGAUGCAAAUGACAACCUUCCACUCCUUCGCGUUUCCAUUAAUAAUAUCCAAUGUGUUAUACAAGUUUUAUAUUCUAAGACCAGGCUAAUAACAAAUUUCAGAACCAUGAUGGAGAACUAUGAUUGUUCAAGUAGCACCUGGAGGGAGGUUGUUUCACCUUUUGAGAUUUGCAUGUUCUGUCGAUUCACUACCAACUUAGAGGCUGGAAAGAACAGGGUUCCUUUUCAUUUUCAUUGUAGCAUCCCAAAGAUUGAAGUUUCUCUAUGCCAGUUUUCAUUGGAUGUAAUUCUUUUCUUGAUCGGAAAGUUGGGUCUGGCUGGUCCUUACAUAGUUAGGCAUGCAAUUGUGUUGGGAAAUUGUUGUAAGGUAAAGAACUUUUCAGGAGCAAAUCUUCUUUGCCGUGUUGAGAAUCACGAUACAAUAAUUGCAACUAAACGAUCUGCUUCAGUUGUUCUGAGGCCUGUUUCACCAACAAAGAGGAAUCCCGAUGGUAUACCAUCUAUAUCUCUGCAGCUCCUACUUGGCGAGUUCUUCACAUCUCCAGUUCGCAUUUCACACUUAAAUACUGGCAGAUGUGCAUGGAAGACGAGGCUAGCAUCUCAUGGUGCCAACUGCUGUGCAGAUUCAAGAACUUUUCCAGGACCUUUUGUUGUAGUAGAGACUGCAAAAAAGUCUGAGGAUGGAUUCUGUAUUGCUGUUUAUCCAAUGUUGACGAUACACAAUGGAAGUGGGUUAUCUUUGGACUUACGAUGCCGCCGACCACAGGAGACUGAAGAUGAGUUUGCCACUGUUUUGCUUUGUAAUGGGGAUUCAAUUGAUGAUUCUGUGGCAGCAUUUGAAUCAUUAAGUAUGUCUGGGCUUAUGAAGAAGGCCUUAACUUCCCUAAGUUUAGGAAAUUUUCUUGUAUCUAUUAGACCUAAAGCUGAUGAGGGCUUUGGAGGAUGCAGUAAUCUGGUCACUGUAGAGUGGUCAGAAGAUCUCAAAGGGGGAAAACCUGUCUGUCUCUCAGGACUAUUUGACAAGUUGAGUUACCAGCUGAAGAAGGGAUUUGGUGGUAAAUCCAAGAAGGCCACCUUCAGUAGCAUUAAGUGUCGUGUGCAGUCACAGGAGAAUGUUAGUUACAUCCAUUUUCUUGUCCAAAGCAUAGGCAGAGAUGUUCCUGUUCUUCGGCCUCCAAAAGUGAGCGGUGGUUCUCAUUUGAGCACUUCUCCUAUUGCAGUUCAAGAGCAGAAAGAGAUAUAUCUUUUGCCAACGGUUCAGGUUUACAAUGUUCUUGAAUCAGAAAUCCAUGUAAUGCUAUCAGAAAAUGUUGAAGACAAUAAUAAGUCUUCUUGGCAUAUUGGCAGACGGGCGACCAUUGCAUGUGGUUCAAGUGCUUGCUUCUAUGUAAAUCCUUCCAUUAUAUACUUUACUUUUGCCUUAACUGAACUUGGUUUAAAGUGCAAGCCCAUAAACAGCAGUGAUAUGAUAAAAAAGCUGAAUAGGAGUAUGUCGGAAUUUCAUUAUCUUGAUAAGGAAUUAGAUUUUGGAGGUGGAAGACUUAUUGCAAAUUUAAGAUUUUCACGUGGAGAUAGAGGUACACUAGAGGUCACCAUUUUCACAACAUCUAUUUUGAGGAAUGCCACUGACAUUUCAUUCUUCUGUUGUGAUGCUAAUAACAAGUCUAUUUCAAGGGAAGUUCCUGAAAGAUACUGGUCAACCUGUUCUCCAGAGCUUGGUUUUGUUCUGGAUCCUGGCUCUACGGCUUCAUGGUUCUUUAGAUCCAAUAAGGUUCGACUCUUAUGGUUAAAAGAUAAAGUUGCUGAUGCAUUGCUAGACCUGGAUGCGUUGUCAGGCUUUACAGAGAUAGGUUCUGAACUACUUUCUGAAACUGGAAUUAAACAUGUAAUAAAGUUUGGUAUCUCUUUGAAGCCAAUUUCGUCUAAAGUUAUCGUGCCAUCACGAUUUGUGCACAUAGCACCACGAUAUGUUGUUUCAAAUGAAUCAGAAGUGGAUAUCUAUGUGCGACAGUCUUGUGUGCACUCAGAUGACCUGGAUGGGGUUACGGUAGUCACCAGUCGCCAGAAAUCAGCAUUGCAAAUGCAGAUGUCAGGGAGGAAAAGGAAAACUGACAUUAUUGAUACCAUGUUCAGAAGUCACGGCAAUAGCAACGAUGAUUCUAUGUACUUCAUUCAGUUCUGCUUGAAACAGGAUGAUUGGAGUUGGUCUGGGCCUGUUUGUGUAACAUCACUUGGACAUUUCUUCUUGAGGUUUAGAAGAAAACCUACUGUUCUCGGAUAUGAUGAACCAAAUUACAGAACUCAAACUGAUAAUGACUUGGCACGGAUUGGGACAGUUGAUAUUGAAGAAGAAGAGUCUAUGCUAGUUAUGCACUUCCAUCUCCCUUCGAAUAUAAUAUUACCCUAUCGAAUUGAAAAUCAUUUAAAUGACUCUGCUAUUAUGUAUCAACAAAAGGGUAUCAUGGAACCAGAAACUUUGGCAAGUGGGAGAAAAGUUGGUUAUGUUUGGGAUGACCUGAGCUUACCACAUACACUAAUAGUACGAAUACAUGAUAUGAAUAUUGAGCGUGAAAUUAACAUAGACAAGCUGUCCAGCUGGAAGCCUUUCUAUAAAGUAAGGCAAGCAAACAGUUUUGUGUUAUCUUCUCUGUAUACUGGUGUUAGAGAUACAAAAAGGACAGGGCAUGAAGCAUCCUCAUCAGCAACAGGAAUUUUCAGAAUUGCAUAUAAAGUGUUUGCAGAUGGUUCACAACGAGUAUUAAGAAUUGGUGAGCUGGUUGAUAAUGCCAAUGGAUCACGUUCAUUUCACCAGCAUUCAAUAAUGCAGAAGAAUAUUGAGUUCAGAGUGUCAUUUUUUGGGGUUCGCUUGCUUGAGGAUCCAAAUCAGGAUGUUGGAGAACGUGAGGCAUCAGAUUAUUUGUUAUUUCUUCAGGCAAGGGUGGAAAAUGUAUGUUUGCGUUCUCUAUUUGCAAAUCACCAGACUUUCAAUGUGAUGAGAGUCCAGUCACUAAAUGUGGAUGAAAAAUGGCAAGGAGCACCUUUUGCAGCUUUGCUUCGGAGACAUCAGCUAGAUAACAAUGAUGCAACUGAUCAGAUCCUUAGCAUUAUUAUCAUUUCUCGGUCUGGAAAUACAAGUGUUACAGAAGUUAAAUAUUGUUCAAUUGUUGUACAGCCUCUGGAUUUGAAUUUUGAUGAGGAAACAGUGAUGAAGAUUGUGCCGUUCUGGCGCACAUCUCUUAGUGAUCCAAACAGUACAAGGCAACAGAUUUACUUUAAGCACUUUGAAAUUCACCCUAUUAAGAUUAUAGCCAGCUUCCUCCCUGGUAAUUUGAAUAUGAGUUAUAGCACCUCACAGGAAGCCUUGUGGUCCUUCCUGCAUAACGUCAUAAAGGUCCCCACUGUGAAGGCUGCAGUUGUGGAAUUGAAUGGUGUCCUGCUGACGCAUGCUCUGUUGACAACUCGUGAAUUGCUUAUCAAAUGCAUGCAGCACUACUCAUGGUAUGCAAUGAGGGCCAUCUACAUUGCUAAAGGCAGUUCGUUGCUACCACCUUCAUUUGCUUCAAUCUUUGAUGACUCGGCAUUUUCAUCUCUGGAUGUAUUUUUUGAUCCAUCAAGCAGUUUGCACAGUCUGCCUGGACUUACUAUAGGUGCGUUAAAGUUUAUCCGGAAGUCUAUUGAUGGUGAAAGUAUUUUUGGAACAAAGCGCUAUCUUGGAGACUUAGGAAAAACGUUGAGAAGAGCAGGAUCAAACAUUCUCUUUGCUGCCAUAACAGAAAUCUCAGAUAGUGUUCUCAGGGGAGCAGAGACGAGUGGUUUUAGUGGCAUGGUCAAGGGUUUUCACCAAGGUAUAUUGAACAUAGCCAUGGAGCCCUCACUUAUAGGCAGUGCUUUUAUGGAGGGAGGCCCAAGUAGGAGGAUUAAGCUGGACCAUAGUCCUGGAAUCAAUGAGGCAUAUGUCGAAGGUUAUCUACAGGCCAUGUUAGAUGUGCUGUAUAAGCUCGAAUAUCUCAAAGUGAGAGUAAUUGAUGACGAGGUUCUCUUGAAAAACCUUCCUCCAAAUAGUUCACUUAUCAGUGACAUAGUAGAACAUGUAAAGGGCUUCCUCAUCAAGGAAGGGCUGUUGAAAGGAGAAUCAAAUGCAUCGUCUUUGUCCACACGCCGCCUCUAUGGAGGGCAAGACUGGAAGUUUGGUCCGAUGUUACUCACAUUAUCUGAGCACCUGUUUGUGAGUUUUGCAAUUCGCUUUCUUCGAAAGCAGGCGGGCAUAGUCAUGGAACAUGUUAGAAGCAUGCGUAAAGAAAAAAGAGCAAAAGUUCCUGCCCCCUUGGACGAGGACAAACAAGAAGCUAGCAGGAAACAGGCACUGGGCAAAUUUGUUCUGUUGAGCGUUCUUGCAUAUAUAGAUGGACGUCUUUGUCGGUGCAUACCAAAUGCAAUUGCCAGACGAAUUGUCAGCGGAUUUUUGUUGAGUUUCCUUGAUGAAAAUGACAAGAGAUAACAUGCCUUCCCUUUCAAGGUAUUUGAACAGUCUUGAUGUUGCUCCACCAAGGUAUUAUAUUCUAGAUAAUCUGUAAGAGGGGAACGUGAACCCUAGCUCAAGUCCAGGUCCUUGUCGCAAGAUGUUAGAAACCCAGAAUUCAAAUGACAGUCGGAGAGAAAUCCGAAGAAGACGCUCAACAACGCGGGGCUUUCGACACAGAUUCAGUUCCUUGACUGGGAGUUGCUACUGCGGCAGCCAAACUGCCAUCAUUCUCCUCAUCUGUUGCCUCGCGGGAACCUAAACGCAGACUCUGACGAGUGACGAUUUGGAGGAAGUAGUCGCAGAGGAGUGGUAGUGGCUAGGGAGGAUGUGGUCGAAGAAGGUGCCGCCACUGCAGCUGCUGCCGCCGCCGCUUCUGCUACUACUGGUACCCUUGCUUUCCAUCGACCCCUCAGCUUCACAGCCAUGCUGGCGGCCGCCGUCAGCAUGCCUUCCUCCUCUUCGUCCUCUGAGUAGGUAAUGCAUUUCAAACAAGGCAUUUCUUGUUAACCUUGGAUCUUCACUUCGGAUCGAAGAAAUGAGGGCAUCGAACACAACCUCUUAGACAAGGGACGUGAGAUGAAAAGGAUCGGUUGUAUUACUUCAUAAAUAUUUUUGAGAAGUGCAUGCAUUCGAAUUGACUCUGAGAAAGAUAAUUCUGAAAUAAUGGUCUAUCCAAGGGACGCAUGGUGCUCUCCCUCUCUUGUAUUUUCUUCUUGUAUUUAUCUCUCUUCUUGUAUUUAGGAGACUUAGGAGACUUAAUGUCCUUAAAUUUUAAAUUUUGUUAUGCAUUCUCAUUUUAUCGAC